UUUCAAAUAGAACUGUACAUGAGUUAAAGUGAAAGUGGUGUAAAAUACAUUGAGCUAGAUGUAUUUGACAGUGUUUAUCGUGUACAUUUUUGCUGUUGGACUUGAAGGUCUCCAUGUCCACGGUCCCUCGGGUCCGGUUGUGGCCCAGCUGGGAGGUUCGGUUCUCCUGCCAUGCUUUGUUGAAAGCCCACUGCCUCUGGAAGGUCUGCAGGUGGAAUGGAGAAAGAAGGAUUCCGAUUCUCUAGUCGGUCUCUUCCAACAAGGAAAAAGUCGACCAGAUCUCCAGAGUCAGGGGUUUAGAGGCAGAGUGGACUUUUUUCCACAUGAGCUCACAAAAGGGAACUUCUCCAUCUUACUCAAAAAUGUGGUUGAAGAAGACGCUGGAGGUUACAGAUGUAAAGUAAAUACAACUCAAGACUCCAGUGAGGUCAUAAUGGAAGUUAGUAAUAUCAGGGGUCUUGUGGUGACUGGGGCAGACCAAAACAUCUUUGCCUCUAAGGGUGAGGAUGUCAUACUGAACUGUUCUGUAGAUUCACGUGUACCAGCCAGCGAGAUCGAAGAAGUGACCUGGAAGAAGACAGACAGAGACCCAGAGAUCCUCGUCCUAUUAUAUCAAGACAGUGAGAUUUUCCCAGACUCCUCACAUGAGAGUUAUCAGGGGAGAGUUGAUUUCUUUUCUUCUGAAAUCCCGAAUGGAAACUUCUCUUUAAAACUGAUGGAUGUAAAGAUGGAAGAUAAAGGAGAAUUCACAUGUGAGGUCCACACCAGGAACCUGUCAGGACGAACCACUGUGGUUCUUCAAGGUGUAGGUUUUGCUGCACUCCAUAUAGCGAUAUUGGUGUUGUGCUCUGUUGCAAUGUUAAUUGCAGUGGGAUUUUGUGGACCUGUUUGUAUCCUGCUAAGAAAGAAAGUUGCUAGCAAAGAGGGCAUGAAAAGGCACAUUUUUCUGAUCCUCUGUCCAAACAUCUGCAUGUUUUUGAGUUUCUGCUUGUGGUCAUCAGAAGGUUUUCUCGCUGAGUUCAUGACUUGUUUAACUGUCAGUAUCAUGAGGCCUGUCAUAUUGUUAAAAACUUCUUCUUAUCUCAGCACGUUACCACAGUGCUUACAGAAAACAGUGAAGGCAUUUCACUGUUCCGUUUUACCAUUCAGCUAUUUCGUUGACUGGAUUUUCAAUUUUCAUUGAAACUUUUAUCAGAAA